AUGGCACCUCCUGAAGUCCACCACUUAUUCCACCACCCUAUCGCAGACCACUCUUUCUCGGCGGACAAACAAACGUUGGCAGUUGCGAGAGACACGAGCGUCGAGCUUUAUGGCAGAAGCGGUAAUGGGUUCAAGUUGAAAGACGAACUCAAGGGCCACGACAAAACAGUUACUAGUGUCGAUAUUGCCUUGGAAAGUGGUAGAAUUGUGACUUGCUCUCAAGAUCGUAAUGCUCUCGUCUGGGAACCAUCCCCAACCGGAUAUAAGCCAACUCUUGUUCUUCUCAGAAUCAACCGUGCGGCAACUUUCGUCCGCUGGUCACCCUCAGAAAGCAAGUUUGCCGUAGGAUCUGGAGCGAGAGUGAUCGCGAUAUGUUACUUCGAGGAGGAAAACGAUUGGUGGGUGUCGAAGCAUAUCAAGAAGCCAAUUCGAAGCACGAUCACAACUGUGGCAUGGCAUCCCAAUUCCGUCCUCUUGGCUGCUGGAUCUACGGAUGCCCAUGCUAGAGUUUUCUCGAGUUUUAUCAAGGGUGUUGACUCGAGGCCAGACCCCGGUGUUUGGGGAGAACGUCUCCCAUUCAAUACCGUAUGUGGAGAGUAUUUGAACAACUCCGCCGGAUGGGUUCAUGCUGUUUCCUUCUCUCCAAGCGGCGAUGCUCUUGCUUUCGCUGCUCAUGAUAGUAGCAUAACGGUAGUAUAUCCCAACGGUGCAGAUCAACCACCCAAAUCUGUCAUUAGUGUUAGCACUCAGCUAUUGCCUUUCAUGAGUCUCAUCUGGAACGGCGAGGCUGAAAUUAUUGCAGCUGGGUAUGAUUGUGAAGCAUAUCGCUUCAAGGGUGAUGAGAGCGGCUGGCAACUCACUGGCUCUUUAGAAUCAAAAGGUGCGGCGGGUGGUGGUGCAGCUCACGAAGAGUCUGCAUUCAACAUGUUCAAGCAAAUGGAUCUCAAGGGAAAGACCAAGGAUGAUACGCAGUUGAAGACUGUGCAUCAAAAUACCAUUAGCACAAUUCGUGUGUACGAAGGUUCCAAUGAUUCCGUACGCAAAUUCAGUACAAGCGGUGUUGAUGGUAGAAUUGUUAUCUGGAACGCAUAG